AUGCCGCCCAAAUUGAACUGGCAGCUCCUGCGACACGUCCAGGUGGCGGAUGGCUCCGACGGCUAUGCCGUUGGGAGGAGAGCGUUAGAGCAGGACUUCCCAACGCUCGAAAUGUAUACGAAGGAGAAGUACAACUAUAGAGUCUACAGAUGCGGCAAGCACGUGAACUGUGGGAAAAAAUUCAAACUGGAAGACAAGGGCAGCCAAAUCGUCAUCUACGAAGCCGGUAAGGUCAGUGGUUAUUAA